AUGGAUGAGUUUAUUCGACAACUUCCUCACGAUAACGCGCAAUUGAACACUCAAUGGCCUGACAUAUUUGACCGACUAUUUAAACUAGCAAACCAAAUUCCCGAAAGUGAUUUGUCGUCUUUCAAAAUCAAAUGUCUGAGUGCGCUUCUCAAUUACGUCGUUGAAGAUCAAGAAGAAUAUGUGACGGACAAGGCGACUUUGAUACACACAGUUCUUGAAAAUCUGUUUCAACAUCCUUUGCCUCCGUUAGAAGAGAUAACACGAAUGUUUUGUCAUUUAUUAGAUAUAUCGAACAAGAACCGAAUGAUUAAUUUGGCAUUGAUCCAAAAAAUUUAUUCUGGUUAUCGUCUCGGUGAACGUUUGCGUCAAAAAGAAUCCGUAGAUUUAAUUGAGAAAAUUUUAUUUUCCUUAGAAAAGUUUGAUUUUGCAGACGAAGGUUUUAAUCUUAAAGUGCAAGGUCAAUGGGAUGAUUUAUUAUCAAAAGGAGUUUUUUCAGCAAUCGUCUGUGAUAACAAUAAACUUACAGAAUUAGAACUUAUGACAAAUAUGCGAAGUGCCUAUCAGCAUUUCUAUAGAUCUGCAGCGCAACAUUCACAGCAGUCCCAAAUUUGGUCAAAUAUCAUAACUGCCAUAAAAUAUGUUUUCCCAACUUUAUUUGACGUUUUUACCACACCAGGAGAUCUACAACUACACCUAUCAACUGCAGUCACACCUCCAGUUGCUUUCGACUAUGUAAACCUAUUAGCCAAGUCACUACAGCGACAACCGGACUUGUUCAAAAACAACUCUUCUCACAUCUAUGCAGCCUUCGAACAGCUCGUCCUACACAACAAUAUCAAAGAAGCUGACUCUAUUCUCACCUAUGUCAUCGUGCAUCACUUUGCAUUGAUCACGAAUCACGAAGAAAUUAUCAACCUGUUCAUUCGUUUAUGUUCAGCAGUCACUGAUAUCGAAUGUCGACACUCGUUUUGUAAGCUUCUUAUCGCGCCAUUCGUAUACGAACUGACCAAGAAGAAGCCGAACAAAAAACUGGCAGUGAGCUGUUUUGAUCUGAUUAUUGCUAUUGCCGAUCAGAAAGUGGCGGAAGCGCUUUCUUCUGUCAAACGUCUGAUCGCAAUUAGUGAGUUCUAUCCAUGGAAACAACUCGACAAACAGCUCACUCACCUUCUUCAAACAUGCAGUGCAUAUGACGAGGUGUCGGGUGGUACGGAGAACAACGAUCUGUCGAUCUUAGCGGAUGUUCUCAAGCUACUGCAUGAUCGAUCAAAGACGAAUACAUCGAUACUACAAGCAACACAUGAGCCAGCACUAGAAGCUGUACUGAAAUGGUGCUCGGGUAGGAAUGUGGCUGAUGGUGAAGGGUAUAGAGAAUAUGUCUACGAGAUGGGUCAAUCGAUGACUGAACUGGUUGAUGAGAAGCGGGUGAGCGCGGACACAUGCCGACAGGUAGUUGCAGUUCUACAGAAACGUGUCGACGAUCUUGAUGAAGACACCUAUGAGGUGAAUCAUGCCUAUGAAACAUUUCUAUCGGCGGUAACAACCUUAACAUCAAAGUGUAUGAAGCAACUGAAACCAGUUCCGCUGACUUUACACGAAGAUGUGGCAAGGUACUGUCUCUCAGCGUUGAAGUAUCCAUUACGUCGUGAAAAUGGAUCAGCAACAAUCGAAUAUCUUACAGCUUUGCUUCUAUGGUUUUCAGUCGGACCAUGUCUUGGCAAUGAAAAUGAUGCUCGCGCAUAUGAAAAGUGUGUUGAUCGGUUAUUCGAAAUGAUCUACAGUGAAAAUGAAGAAAGUAUGCAUUCAUGGUGGAGUACAUACUGGAGUACAGUUUUGAUGAAUUAUCCGAACGUAGCAGCUAACCAUAGUGAGCAAUUACUAGAAGAAAUCAUCGACCAUAAACAAAUAAUACUAUUAGGGAUGCUCAUCACUCUCUAUCCGAAAAAUCCACAACCAUUUCAUCAACGGCUCGACGAUCUCAUCCACGCUCUCUUCGACAACAACGGUCAACAUCUCACUUCCAUCGCUUCUCUUCUCAACAGUAUCUUCCAAGCCAACCCGCAGCUCAUCACGCCAGCCCAGAUCGACUACUUAUUCACUUCCAUCGCUUCUCAUCAUCAUAUCCCAUAUGCUUCAGAUUCUAUCUAUCGACUACUUGAACUGGUUGCUAGUGCACAACCAGAACUCUUCGACAAACAUCGACAACAACUCAUCGAAGCAGCUUCCCAACAGCAAACAUACAAUGUGUUCAAUUGUCUACACCAGUACCUCAUUGCCUCGAGCGUGCUGAACGGUGAAGAAGCAGCUGGUACUAAUCUCACUGUGCUGAUCGACUUGAUCAAAAACACAAAGACACUUUCAUCUGAUCUGUGCACCCAGAUAUUUCAGACGUGUCAAGCGAUUGGCAGUCGAUACAAGGCAGCUUUGGCAAAGAAGCGUGAAGAUCUUGUGUUGUAUGAGUCUAGUAAUUCGAUGUGUCGAAUGCUGAUUGACAUGAUCGAUGGAAACAAGAUGAGUGAAGAGCAACAAGCUCUAUUGAAUCGAACAGUUGAUGAAAUGACAGAAAUUGAAGCAAGAGUAGUUCAAACGGAAAAAAGUGUAGACAAGGUCACGAAACUAGUGAAACGUCAAGAGCUACACAUGACUAAUCUCGAUGCUCAUGUCAAUCAUAUCGACACACAAAUCACCGAUCUUCACCAACAAGUUGACCUGCACGCCCGAGAAAUCGAACGCAUCGAUGCCAAGACACUCAGCUACGUACCGUCCGAAUGGGGACAUCAAGUUUGCCGACUUCUCAAUGUUCGUGCAGACAAUGAUUGGCGUCUUCUCGGUAAACGCUUCGGCUACUCAGCAAGCGAACUCAAACACUGGGCCAUGCAACUCGAUCCAUCCAUGUCACUACUCAACGAAUGGUACAUGACACAUAAAGCAGAUGAAGCCACCUAUGGACUGGUGAAGAUGCUCGGCGACAUCGGUCGAUCAGAUGUCGAAGAUAUCAUUCGCAGUGCAAUGAGCGUGGCUGGUCAGCUCAUUCCCGAUGAUCUCUCCAUCGACAUCAAGCGACUACCGCCUGUGUUCCUUUCCUAUCAGUGGGGAUCUCAGAAAGCCGUCACUCGACUGAAGUCACAUCUCGAACAGGCGGGAUAUGCAUGCUGGAUGGACACGGGCGAGAUGGGCGGCGGUGACAAGUUAUUCGCUAAGAUCGAUGCAGGCAUUCGCGGGGCGAAAGUGGUAGUGUGCUGCCUGAACAAGAAGUAUGCACAAUCAGACAACUGUUCGCGUGAAGUUCAUCUGACGAUCAGCACAGGCAAACCGCUGAUUCCUCUUCAGAUGGAAAAACAAACAUGGCCACCAGAAGGAGCACUCGGUCCCAUCAUGAGCGAGUAUCUCUACAUUCGCUUCUUCGAUCGUAAAGCUAGCGACGAAAACUACUGGCCAGCAGACAAGUUCACUGAACUACUUGGUCAGAUUCGCUACCAUGUUGCACCUGAUCCUGACAUGAUCAGCGAUCAAUAUCGCAACUGGUUUGUGCCUCGAGUGGACAAUCUCAUCUUUCUGCAGCCAACUGUGACCACCGAUAGUACAACAACAACAACAACACCGGAUGAAAAGAAAGACAAAGAGGCAAAAGCGGAGGAGAAGAAGAAGAAGAAGACGACGACAGGUGGCGAUGAGAAUGACAACGCCGACGACACACCACUCGUCGUCACUCAUCCACAGAUCAUGAUCUCUUAUCAGUGGGACUAUCAGAAAGAUAUUAUCGUCCUGUACAAGAAACUGACUAGACUCGGCUAUCGCUGUUGGCUAGACAUCUUUCAGAUGGGUGGCGGCGAUUCGUUGUUCGAGAAGAUCGACACUGGCAUUCGACAUGCGAAGUGUAUUCUGUCGUGUGUCACGCCCAAAUAUACAAAGUCGAUCAACUGUCGACGAGAGAUGGCCUUGGCUGACGCAUUGCAAAAGCUGAUCGUUCCAAUGCUGAUCGAAGAGACGGGGUCGUGGCCGCCGGCUGGUCCGAUGUCGAUGGUGUUCGCUGAGCGAUCGUAUAUUGAUUUUCGACGAGAAGGUGACGGACGAGAACGAUGGAGUGGGAAAGAAUUUGAAAUGGUGCUUGCACGACUGAAACAGGCGAUACCUGAAGUGGAGACAGCACAGCCACGUCGACAUCUUCUUGAAAUGCAACGACCGAUGACCAGUAUGAAGCGAGAGGAAAGAGAUAAGGGUAAAGAGAAGGAGAAGGAGAAAGUGAAGAUGAAGCGUGUGGGAAGUGCUCCGGUAAUUGCACAAAGUCGAGCAUGUUCGAUAAUGUAA